UCCACAUCCAUCCUUUCUCGUCCCGGCCCUCGCUCUCGCCCACGCUCAUUGCUCCCGCUCCCGCCGCUUCAAGAAGCACGCCCACACGCCGCACACCUGCUGCUGCGCCCCACACUCUCUUUUGUGCUUCGCCCUCACACCUCAUCCAGCAUGCGCUUCUCCCUCACCGCCGCCGCCCUCGUGGCUGCAUUCGCCUGCAUCUCUCUCUCGCCCGCCUCGGCUGAGAUGGAGCGUGUGCCGCUCACCGCGCGCACGCUCGAGGAGCGCGCCGGCGGCGCGCCCGACGUCAUCAACAUUCCCAUCAAGAACUUGACGCCCGAGGACGGCGUGUACGACGUGACGCGCAAGAUCUACUACCAGAGCAACCUGUGGAAGGGACGCAUCGCCGCGUCGCCCAAGAGCGGCAGCGGCCGCUUCAACGUGCUCAUCCCCGGCGUCAGCAGCUCGGGCAACGGCGCCCAGCAGCUCGCCGGCCUCAGCACGGACCGCAGAAAGGGCGCCUCGGCGCUGUACGCCGUCGCCAAGGACAGCGGCGCGUUCCGCUUCGACGGCAGCCAGAGCACCAACGGGCCCUGCUCGUUCCACAAGUUCGACCUGCCGCUCAACGCCAACAGCAAGCCGGCGUGGAGCGUGUACUUCGACGCCGUGCAGAAGCAGUUCCAGUCGCUCUACGGCACGCGCCCCUUUGGCAACGUCGCCAGCGCCCAGGGCCCCGACGGCAGCUCGUACGUCAUCUUCGCGCUCGGCGCGCCGGCCAUCGCCAAGGUCUCCGCCGAUGGGCGCACGGUGACGCCGUGGUACUUUGAGCAGAGCAACGGCUCGCAGCGCCCCGGCUUCACUGGCGUCACGUACAUCCCGGAGACGAACAUGAUCAUGGCGUACGGCGGCCCGCGCCCGCUCACCGCCUUCAAGCUCGACGGCAACCCGGCGACGGGCACGGCGAUCAACGUGCGCAUCAACGGCGACUUUGGCUCGCUCGCGGGCACGGAGAAGAUCAAGAACAUCCCCGCCAACGGCGGCGUCAACGCCGGCAGCUCGCGCCUCAUCGCGACCAAGGCGCCCAACGUGUACAGCUUCAGCAGCACCGACGGCUGGAACAGCGUCUCGUUCCGCACGUUCACGCGCCCCGAGCUGCGCAGCAACGACCUCACCACCGUCGUCGAGGGCAUCUACGGCGGCAUCCGCAACGUGUACGCCAGCGGCGCCUACUUCUCCAACGGCCAGAAGGGCGGCCGCACCAACUACCCGCUGCUGCACAUCGACGACGGCGUGCUCAACUGAGCGGACACCGGAGCCAGCCCUUGUCGUCAUCCCUCUCCUCUCAUCAUCAUCCCUCUCAGCACAGAUACACAGCCUCGUUUACCCAUCCCUCACUGCCCUGAUGUCGCUACACACCAUUCUGCGCCGCCGCCGCUCUUGCGCGCGCGCUGUUCCUGACACACUGCAUCCCGCUGCCCUUCUAAUCGCACGCAUUGACUCGUC